AUGGCAACCAGUAAAUUAGUAAGGUUUUCUUUGGGUUCAGCUCAACAACACAUGUACAUUCCAACGUGCAAUAAACACCAGGAAUUUCUUUCUACAUUUUGUGAAGACUGUGAUGAGUUCAUUUGUUCUAAAUGUGCUAAAGCUGACCAUAAAGAUCAUAAUUGGAAUAUCCUUUCCACGACAGCUAGUCACACGAGAAGAAAACUGUCUACAUUUCUCAAGAAAAUCUCAGAUAAAAGACUACCAAGAAUAGACGAAGAAAUUGAAAAAGCUUCAAAACUGAGGAAAUAUAAUCAGAAUCAGUGUGAAUCAGAGAUAAAGAAACUGUUGGAACAUUGUGAUGAUAUCAUAGCAAGAUUGCUUAAAUUGAAAAAUCAUCUCAUAGACAAACUUCAAAACAAUCUGAGAGAAGCGCUUGAAAAAUUACAUCAUGAAAAAAAUUAUCUAGAAAAAAGCAGGAAGCAAAUUGAGGAUUUAGUAAAAUUUCUAAAAGAAAAGAACACUACCAUGUCUGAUUACAGGUUGAUUGAUACCUGCAGAGAACUUAAAAAACUUUCUGAAAAAGAGUCUGAUAUAAUGAACUUUGAAUAUUCAUUAAGAUAUAAACAAAAAGAAAUCAAUGAAGACUUAUUGGAGGAGAUCAGUGGAAAGAUUUGGGACUUAAAGGAUGCCAAUGUAACCGUAACAAAUUCAUUUCAAUACAGGGAGAAGAAACCUGCACUGAAUAUCCUAAGGGCAUCCAGUAACGACGAAUGUUUCAUAGGUGACUCCAAGUCAGAUUUCUUGGACAAUGUCAACAGGCUAGGUGAAAUAAAAAACAAAGUCGAUAUUUCUUAUUAUGAUUUUUGUGUGACUGAAAGCAAAGAUAUAUAUUUUACAGAUGGAGUGCUCACAUCGAUUUGCUGUUUGUCCCCAGCGGGGUCUAUCUCCACCGUCUUCAAGACAUACCCACUGUUACCGAGAGGAAUUUGUUUGUCAGUAACUGGUGGACUUCUUGUUACGUUACGAGACGAUUUAUCUGACAAUCCUUUACUAUUAGACUCAAAGAGUAGACGCCUAGUGAGAAAUAUUACUCUGAAAGGCGAUGUCAUCCGCGAGUUUGAAUUUAAGAGGGAUGGUCAUACUAGAUUGUUCGCGGAUCCAAUCAGAAUCAGGCAAAGUAAAAACACUGACAUCUGUGUUUUGAAUAUAACCGGCAGUUUUUUAGGUGAACUAAUGAUUAUUUCAGCUUCUGGGGAUCUUAGGUCUGUUUACUCUGGACUGAAUCUGAAAAAUGGCUUUUAUCCAUGUGAUGUGGAGUUUGAUCAAGAAUGUAACAUUCUUGUAACAGAUCCACGAAAUCACGUUAUUCAUCUGUUAAAUCCUGAUGGGGAGUAUUUAAAGUUCAUACUGAUAAGGAAGGAUAUGAAUUUUCCACGCUCAUUAUCAUUAUAUAAGUUUACACUUUGGGUAGUUAAUUUUUCUGGACAAGUUAAAGUCUUCCGGUACAAAUGCAGUUAA